AUGUCGGAGUUCCUGCGGCUCAGCUUCAACGAACAUUACACGUACGAGAAGGGCAUCGCCUACUCCAAGUCGGUGCAAUGGCCCGCUUUCUGGAUCUCCAUGGCCUACGUGGUAGUCAUCUUCUCCAUCAAGGCCUGGAUGACCAACAGGAAGCCGUUUGAAGUGAGAUUUAAAAUUUUGGUUUAGAGGGCUAAAAGACAUAGGGAGAGGAGGCGGAAAGGGACCUAAGCCCAAUGAUUAGGCUCGGCUAGUUUUAAUUUUUUGAAGCCGGUCCGGCGACGGAACUUCCGGUAGCAAUAAAUUUUUUUAAAUUUUCCAAGUUUUUUGGACCCGAACUUUUAGGCCUGUUUCAACUUUAGCUCAAGGCCCGCCCGAGCCAAUCGUAAAACCGAGCCAGGCCUCGUCGGGCCUACAAAGCCCUUUUCUCACCCCUAGCUAAAAUAACUUGUAGUUUCGUAAAAUACAACCACCUUUCGCAAAAAUAUUUAAAAUUUUUGAAGUUCUAAUUAACAAACCGACUUCAGCUCCGUCUGCCCCUACAAUUGUGGAACUUGUGGCUGGCGUUGUUCAGUAUUGGAGGUUCAUUAGUCACAUCGGCCGCGCUUUUCAACGAAAUCUCCAAAUACGGCCUAGUUUGUAAGUCAUUAAUUACUCUCCAAAUAAAGUUUGCUUUUCAAAUUUAAUUACUACUGUUUUGGGGCAUAAGCAAGCUUUUUAAAACCUCAAAAUUUUGAAAUGAAUAUUUUAAAAAAUUACUUAAAAAUUGAAAUUCAGAUCCAAAAAAACUAAGAAUUUGUUUUUUAUAAAAAUUUUUCUUAUUUUUAUAAAAAUGUCUUUUUUUAUGACCGCAAUAAUUUUCUUUACAAAACCUUGAAAAUCCACAUUUUUUCAAAUUCAACCACCUCCAAUUUCAGCAUCGUACACAAGAUGCCAAGACUUUUUCGAAGGUCUAUCCGGUCUCUGGACCUUCUGGUUCUGCAUGUCCAAGAUCGCCGAACUCGGUGACACCAUCUUCAUCGUGCUCCGCAAACGUCCGCUGAUGUUCUUGCACUGGUACCAUCACGUCGCCACCCUCAACUAUGGUAUCAUGUCCAUCAUCGACCGUACCGCCUUCAACACCUGGAUCGUAUGGCUCAACUUCUCGGUCCACGCCAUCAUGUACAGUUACUACUUCUUAGCCGCGUGCAAGAUCAAGUGCCCGGCCGCCAUCGCCCAGUGCAUCACCUUCCUUCAGAUCACUCAGUUUGUGAUCACUCACUUGAUCCUCUUCCACGUCGGCUACUUGAAGGCCGCCGGCUAUGUUGUUGACACCACUUGGCCCGUGUACUGGUUCUGUUUGUUGAUGGAGAUCAGUUAUUUGGUGCUGUUCGGCAACUUCUUCUACCAAGCCUACAUUAAGAAUGGCGGCAAGAAGUUCAACAAGGAGAAACAGGUCAAGAAGACCGAAUGA